UUCACAUACAGUCACUUUGUUUCAGUUUGAGAGAUCAUCCCGGACUUUGCCCCCUCUGCUGUAGCUGAGACGUCCCUGGGAGACAUAGUCUUAUUGUUCUAUGAUGUUUCUGACACUGAGACAGUCAGAGCCUUGUCCCAGUCUCUAGACCUGCCUGUCUGUGUGGUGGAUGACCUCCUGCCCUCUGAAGCUGUCAAUGAGAUGGAGCAGAGCAAUUCUGCCAGGAGCAGAGCAACCUCAGUGACGGAAACCACAGAAGAGGGGAAGCUCAACAGUGUGGAAGAUCUGACACUUAUGGACUUCCUUCAAAACCUAACUGAGAAGCAAUGGAGGGGGAUUCGUGAGGGCAUGUUUGACCCGCUGACAAAACAACAGCUUGCCAGCUUGUGUCUGAGGAUUGACCAGUUUUUAUCGGACAAGCUGAUGCAGAUCAUCAUCCCAGGUCUUUACGAACUACUGGGCAUCCAAGAUGCUGCCUCCUCUCAAUUGUCACAGAGAUCUCUCACAGCGUCACUCACCAGCCUGUUAGACGAUAAGGCUAACACCAAGUCCCGCGUGAGAUUUACUGAGGCUGGUGUACCUAAGAGGCCAGGCAGACGAAAGUCUUACAAUAUCUUUCGCAUCCCGACUCCCCACCCUUCCUCCAACUGUAUGGAGCAAAAAGAGGAAGAAGAGCAGGAAUCACAACAACAUAAGUUCAAGGAGUUUUACCUGACUAAGGAGAUGGGCAGUCUGGGCAGUGGAAGCUACCUGCCCAAGGGGGCCAUGAGGUCUCAAACCUCUCUGUCUGAGGUGCAGAAGAAAACAACCAACUCUGAGUCGCUACAUGUCCUUUUAGGUCUCUCAGAGGACACCCUCGUCACCUGUGUGCAGGACAGCCUGCAAGGUUCUCUCUCCAAACUUGCAUGCAUGUCCGAUUCUCCAUCUGGAAGUGCAGGCUCUAUGAUGCUAAUCCCUGCUGUAAUGGCAGAGUUGGCUAAAGAUGUCAAGUCGGCCGUAUCACUGGUCGUUAAGAGUGCCUCCGCAAGUCAAACCUCUCUAGUGACAUCUGGAAGAAGGGGAGACUCAGAGACCAAAGUGACUGAAAGCAUGGUGAGAGAGCUGGCUGCUAAACUUGAAAAAGUUGACCAAGAGAGCAAGAGUCUAACAGGGCAAGUCAUGACCACCAUCUCUGACACAAAGGUGGCUUUUGUUGACGAGAACGAACACAGUUUGCUGGAAGUUCUGAAGGACAAGAUCACGUUUUUGGCAUCGCAUGUUGGCUUCAUUGACGAUCUUGAUGCCCUGAUAAGGAAAUAUGAGAGCAGCUACAAUAUUAGUGAAUCUGGUUCCUCCUGCACGCUCACGUCUAAGAGCAUCCAAAAACUCUCCAGCCGGCUGUUUCUAACAUCAGCAAUGCAAGCAGUGAGUGGAGUUCUUGCCAAAAAAGUCAGUAGUUUGAGCUUUCCUAGUUCAGUCGUUCAGUCUGAGAUAACAGGUGCUGUAUCAGGUCAAACAUUGUCUGGCAUUGUAAAGACAGAGUCAAUUCACCCAGUGGGCUCAGCAGCGUCAGUAGUUGUUAAGACUUUCGUGUCAGAUAUGAAGUCCUUGGCUGAAUCUGAAGAGAGUCUGCAACAGAAGAGUGCCUGGUCUGCUGCUGCUCAUAUCUACCACAGAAUCCAAAACAACUUGAAAGAUUAUUUCGGCAAGCUUCAGCGAUGUGCCUUAAAGAGCAUUGUCACAUCUGAUGACAACAUCACAAAUGCUGAGUUUAAGGAGACAGUUCCACUUCCUUGCUUAGACAUGAAGUAUAGGCCCAGUAAGAGUGAGCCUCAGUUGCCAGAGUCCACUGGUGAAGUUACUUUACAAAGAGGCCUAAGUGAGAGCUCAAAACUUCUUUGGGCACAAACUGACUCAGAAGAAAGCAAGCUCCUUCUGACAACUUGCACUAAAGAAGUCAUCUCAGAGCUUCUGGUCUUGUACAACACUCAGAUGUCAAAGGAGGACCCCCUGUACACUGUUGGAGAAAAAGGAUCAGACUUCUCUAUUGAGAGAGAACAAUUUGUAGAAUGUGUUCUGGCUCAGCUUGGGGAUAUCUCCCAUUCCAGGGCCUCAUCAUCAAUAGUAUGUGAGUUCCCCUCUCAAAUUGAGGACAGCAGAAGUAAUGCCACAGCUUCUUUGACCAGUCUGUUAAAUUGCAUGAAAAAACUCUCAAGUGAGGAAUUCAAGAGAAACGCCACUCAAGCAGUGAGUGAGUUCCUAGUUGAAAAGUCCACCAGUAGCUUAACUAGUGCAAAGCCUGCAUAUUCUGUAGCGUCCAGGUCUGGUUCCAUUCAAAACCGGUACACAUGGUCAAAGGAUAUUUGUGCAGAUUCUGCUGCCUUUGGCAUCAUUGACACAUUUGUGGAAGACCUGCAGAGCUUGGCGCAACCUGCAGAAGUAGAGGAGAGAGAACCUGACCUCCUGGAAAAAGCACAAAAGCUACAGAACAGGAUCUGGUCAGCUACCACUAGUUUAUAUAACAAUAUUAAGAAGACAUUAAAGGACUUCACCAUUCACCAGCGGAGGUCAGACAUGCUGAGCAGAAUGUCCAGUGAUAUACCCACAGAGGACUCUGAACAUCUUGGGACUAAGGAGCACAUUUGUUUGGCAAGCCAGGACUUGAGGCAAGCUAGUAAGAGUGUGCCUCACUUGCCCAGUUUGAACCUUGAAGUGGCUCUAUACAGGGGUGUCAGCGAGAGUUCAAAACUUCUCUGGACUGAAACAGACGAGGCUCUACUGACCAAUAGUACCAAAAAGGUCAUUUCAACAAUCUUGACCUCAUGCGAGGAUCAGACAUCAAAUGCACCUUGCUUCUCCACAGUAGGAAAGAAAAUAUCUGAUAUGUCCCUUGAGGUCAACGUGUUGGUAGGUGGUGUUCUGUCUCAGCUGAAUAACAUCUCCUGGUCAAGGUCCCCAACACCAUGUGAAGACAUGUUUGAACGUCUCCAAGAUUCUCCUGAGCGAACCUCUCCAGUAAGUCUAGAUUGCAGCACGGCUGCCUCCAAAGGCAUUGCAUCUUCCCAUAGUCUUUCAACAAAGAGCCUCCAGAAACUCUCUAGUCAUGAGUUCCAAACCAAAGCUGAGAAAGGAGUGAGUGAGGUCCUCUCUAGAUCAUUUAACAUUGUGGAGGAAGGUACAACAGAUCAGUCUGUAUCUACAUCCACCACAUCUACUGAUAUUAUACAAACCAUGGUGAAAGACCAGCAGGAGCUCACCCAGACCACCCAUUCAUCUGACAUGGUAUCUGGAACCUCCCUGCUCACCACUGGACAGGUUUCUGAGAAAAGGAUCUGGUCUGUUGCUCGUAACAUCUACCACAGUCUGCAAAGUAAGAUUAAGGAGAUUAUCAGAAAAGAUCUUCAAAGAUCAGACACAACUCUUGAUUCAAUCAAAAUGUUUACAUAUCAAAGCAGUUCUGCAUCACUGAGAGCUAAUCUCGGCCAUCUUGAGGUCAACCAGAGCAGUGUUACAUCUGGUGGAAAAGAUGCCUGUGUGGACAUUCCGCAUAAAUUACUACCUAAAACCACUGAGCUCUCAGGAUCCAUGCUGGAGGAUAAUGGCAUGAUCCGUUGUAGGAGUGCUGCCAGCCAAAAGACAAGAAAGUUCUCUUCUUCGCGCUCCUCCAUCUCUCCAACACCUACUUCAAAAUUAAGGCAGUCGCAAUGGCACUUUGCUUUACCCGGGACUCCCAUACCCACUGAGUUUCCUGCUCAGAUUGACUUUCCCAUUGUAAGAAACACAAUCAUUGAGGACUUCAUUCACACAGAGGACUUACUUCCUCUAACCUUUGUUGACAAAGUUAGGCAAGCUGCUGGGGUGGUAGUGAACAUUAUGGUGGAAAGUGUUGAGAACACACAGGAAAAUGGACAGGGUGCUUCUCAUCUUGACGACCUCCGUUCUGCUGUUAGGAAAUUGAGAAAAAUAAUUUCCACUUGGACCAUCCACAUUUUCAGUCAUGAAUUGGUGGAUAAAGUGAUAGCCAUUCAGGACAGCCACAGCACUCCACAUGUCUUAACAUUGGAAGCAGCCAAAAGUGUUUCAGACUCCAUUCUUUCAAGGCUGAAAUGGGGAAAGGAACAAUGUGCCAUAUCCAAGAAGCUCUCCUCCCAUCUUCUCCAGAUAUUUGCUGAAGAGACAGUGAAGGGCUUCCUAAAACAGUGGUCAGAUGAGUAUGAAAAUAUAAACUUUGAUGUUUCAGUCCAGAACGAUCCAAAGACUUCUACUUGUAUGGUCAUUCUUCAAAUGAUCACCAAAGCCACUGCUAAAUGUUAUUUUGAGUCCACUACCAGCGUGGCCACCAGUGACAUUGUAGAAGGCGUGUUUGAUUUGGCAAGGGAUACCAUCAGCAGUACUGGAGAGCAGGUCCUCACCUUUAACACAAAGGCUUCCAAGAAAGUUAGUAAGAACCUCUGUCCUCAAGAGUCUCUGGAGUACCAGCCUCAGAACACUUCCCCUACUGUGUACUUUACAGAGUCGAUGACAAAUUCUCAUGGCUUCUUUGCUCCAGAGGGAAAUUAUGAUAUUGCAUCGUCCUUCCCUCGUCCUUCCCAAGAGAAGAGUCGCAAACCCUCCCUUUUCACCAGAUUGUGUAGAGCCAUCACGAAAGGCUUUUCCAGCCCAUUCAAAUCUUCAAGGAAAAGCAAAUAAUUUCAUUAAAUUCCUCAUUAAAACAACAAGAGCAUUCAUUUGUUCAAAUCAAAAUUGAAUCGUAUUGGUCACAUAUGCCGAAAACAACAGGUGUAGACUUUACUGUGAGAUGCUUUAUUACGAGCCCAUUCCCAACAAUGAAGAGUUAAAAAGUAAGAAGAUAUUUUCUAAAUAGUAACACAAUAACAAGGCUAUAUACAAGGAGUACCAGUACCGAGUCAAUGUGCAUGGGUGCGAGGUAGUUGAGGUAAUACAGUAUGUACAUGUAGGUAAGGGUAAAAGUGACUAGGCAAUCAGGAUAGAUAAUAAACACAGUAGCAGCAGCUAGUGUGAAAGUCGGUCAGUGUCACAGUGAAUGUGUGGGUAGAGUGUAGUGAGUGUGCAUCGAGCCAAUUCAAGAGAGUCGGUGGAAAACAAUUAGAAAAAUACAUCAAUAACAAAGGGGUUCAAUGCAAAUAGUGCAGGUAGCCAUUUAAUUAACGUUAAACAGUCUUAUGGCUUGGGGGUAGAAGCUGUUAAGGAGCCUUUUGUCCCAGACUUGGUGCUCCCGUAUCGCUUGCCGUGUGGUAGCAGAGUGAACAGUCUAUGACUUGGGUGGUUGGAGCCUUCUGCCAAUCAUUUACAUAUCACUUACUUGAUUUUUAUUUUAUUUGAUGUCAUAUUGUAAAAGUAUGUAUCUGUUCUGCUGAAAAUAUGAUUUUGAAAACAAUGAAUGUCUACAAGUGCUUCAGAAAACAGUUAUAUUUAUUUUUGUAUUUUCAAAAGACAGCAAAUAGCCAAUCAAAUAUCAACAUAAGUGAAAUGAAAGACAGAUUUAAUUUUCAGUGAAUAAUUGUCUUGUCCAGUGAGCAACUCAAUGACAGCAAUUCAAUGACAUCAUUAGAUCACCUCCAAGAAGCAUCUUCAACUUUCACCUGACAACCCAUUGGUUAAGACACAUACACUAACCAAGUGUUUCUUACCUAUCAAGAAGUUUGAGAUCAGAAGCUUCUUCAUUACCCCAGAAAUGGAAAGGCUUUGAGACAAAGACAAUCAACUGACAAGAUAAUGCACAUACACUAACCCGGAUGUUCUACUUGCCCCACUGAGUUACAGCAAAGUUAUCAUUUAUGCAUGGGUCCACGAUCCACUCAUAGCUCUCACAGCUAUCUGACAGUUCUCAGAAUACCAAGGAAGAAGUGUGUGAUAUUGGAUUUUGUAUCCUUCCCACUCCAAGUGAUUUGGAGUCCCAUAGGGUGCCGCAUAAUUGGCCCAGCGUCGUCCGGGUUUGGCCAUCAUUGUAAGUAAGAAUUUGUUCUUAACUGACUUGUCUAGUGAAAUAAAAAUAAACUAUUUAAGUUGUCUGCUAUGUUGCUGUGUAAAUCCACACACUGCAGGGGAAUGAUGACACAUGCUGUGCUAACACAUCAUUACAGUAGUUGUCAGUUUUGUAACAUAAAUAAAGAGUUUGUCAAAUACU